CCCCAGUUUCUCCCAGACGCGUUUACCUCUCUACUCACUUUGGAACUUAAAUACUCAUUCCAUCACCCGAGUUCUCGGUGGCCUAGACCCCAUGAACUAUUACCUUACUAAAGUUUAUUUUGGUUGCCUAUAUUAUCUAGUCGGAAGAUCGUCUUACACCUAGACCGAAAAGCACUGUAGUUGCUGCCCCAUCGACAAGCCUGCGCAAUGUCAGGUACAACAGAACCCAUUCGGACGAAUGAUGGAGCCAAGGAACCACUUACGAAAAUCCAAACCCUUGGGAGUGUCCGCCAGCGCGACGAGCACACCAAUGAGAUCAUCCUUAUUCCGACUCCUUCACGGGAUCCCAAUGAUCCCCUAAACUGGAGCCAGAGAAGGAAGUACUACAUGGCGACCCUGAUUUGUAUCGCAAUGUUUAUGUGCAAUUUCCUCGCAGCUGGGCCAACCGUCUCUAUUAUUGAAACUGCGAUGGACUUUUUCCCUACAGCUGGCCGAGCUGGCAUGCCUGGUGCAAUUGCGAAGACUGCUUAUUUCUUUACUACCACUGCACUACUCCAAGGCACCGGCAAUAUCUUGUGGAUGCCGUUAGUUAACAAGUAUGGACGACGACCCAUAUACCUCGCAAGCUUUUCCUUGUACUUUGCCACUGCGCUCUGGCUCUCCUUCACAACGUCUUACGCUAGCUUCUUGGCUGCUCGUAUAUUGAUGGGGUUUUCUGCUGGCGCUGCUGAGACUAUGGCCCCUUUGUCUAUUGCUGACGGAAAACUCAUCACCAUUCACAACACCUGGCGCACCAUCUAUUAUGUAGCAACUGCUUUAAUAGGCGCUCUUCUGCUCCUCGUUUUUUUAACCUUCCCCGAAACAAGCUACAACCGAGAUCCUUCUAUGGUCAACAUCUCCGAGGCAUCACUCGCACAGGAAAAACCUGGCUGCUCCGGUGAAUAUUUGGAGUCCGAGAGUAUCCCAGCUACCCCAAAACGCAAGUCCUACCUACAAGAACUCAAAAUAUAUUCUGGGACCUAUACGUCGGAAAAACUUUCCCAUCUUUUUAUCCGGCCACUUGCUCUGAUAAUUCUUCCCCCGGUGUUAUGGGGCUCCCUCGUCAUGUCAGUCACCAUCGGGUUCCUGGUGGCAGUGACAUCCAACGUCGCACCAGCGUACAAUACUGCAUACGGAUUUCAGCCGUGGCAAACCGGUCUCUGUUUUUUCUCUGCCAUAGUCGGCUCACUGGUUGGCAUAUAUAUGGGAGGGCAUUUGACCGACAAGAUGGCAGACUGGUUCACGAAGCGGAAUGGCGGCCUCAGAGAACCCGAGAUGAGGUUACCAAGUAUUGUGGUUAGUUUGAUUACCACGCCACUUGGAUUGGUUCUAUUUGGGGUUGGAAUCCAGUACAAACUCCAUUGGAUGUGUCCUACCGUUGGCUUGGGACUACUAAAUUUUUCAAUCGUCCAAGCAACAAAUGUUUCCCUUGUCUACACUAUCGACUGUUAUCGCCCUAUUGCAGGCGAGGUUACCGUUACAUCCAUGGCAUUGAAAUCUUGUUUCGGCUUCUUACUUUCUUUCUACACCAAUCCUUGGAUUGAUAAGGUUGGGUAUUUAAACGCUUAUGGGACUAUGGCUGGUAUCUCUGUGGCAGUCCUGCUGUGUGGUAUACCUCUUUACAUCUUUGGAAAGAAGAUCAGACAUGCAUCGUGGAAUUGGGGCAUGGUUAAGGUAGUGCAUUGGAAUGAUGAUAGAGAGGUUGGUGAAUGA